AUGCCUCGCAUCAGCGAUAUCAUCCCCGACUUUACUGGCUGCUCUAUCGACAACGGCUCUCUCCGUCUUGUCGAGAAACUGGGAACAGGGGCGUUCGCCGUCGUCUACCGUGCCCUCACAUCCCCACUCACACCUACCGAGUACGCCGUGAAGUGCGUCAAGAAGUUCAAGGCUGGCUCCAGGAUAGCCGAAUCACAAAAGCUUGAGGCGAAGCUGCACCAGCUCGUCCUCGGCCCUCGAAAUAUCGUCCACGUUCAUCGUGUCCUCGAGGACAGGGGCUACAUUUACAUCGUGAUGGACCUUUGGACUUCUGGAGACUUGAUGUCUUCCAUCGCCGACCGGUGCAUGUACUAUCAGAAGGAUGAGCUGCUGAAGCAGGCCUUCGUUCAGCUCAUCGACGCCGUUGAGUCCUGCCACGAUAAAGGGGUCUACCAUCGCGACCUCAAACCAGGCAACGUGCUUUGCUCUGAAGAUGGUUCUGAGGUCUCCCUCGCGGACUUUGGCUUGGCUACCACUCAGAUAUACACAGAGGACUUCGGCCUUGGAUCCAGGAGCUACACAAGUCCAGAAUCGCGCGACGAAUCCGUCACGCGUAUCCCCUUCUCCAGCGCGAAGUUCGACAUCUGGGCGCUAGGCAUUGUCCUCGUCUACAUGCUCACGGGCCGCCAUCCCUGGCGCGUCGCGCACCCCGACGACGCCGAAUUCAUGCAAUACAUACGCGAUCCUGACUUCUUCCGCGACCGCUACCCGCUCUCGCAAGAGACAGACGCGAUCCUCCGGCGCGUACUCGCCGCAAACCCCGCAACCCGCAUCGAGCUCUUCGAGCUCCGCGAGGAGGUGCUCAAGGUCGAGACAUUUUUCAUGUCUGACGAGGACAUCGUCGGCGCAUCUGAGCGCGUGCGACGCGUCGCUGAUGAUUGCGCGAACAAAGCGGGCCUGUUGGACUCGGCUGGAGUUUCGUGCUACGAAACCGCGCCCUCGCUCAUCUUUUCUGGUCCUUCGGCUUCGGACGCUGAGUGCGAGGCUCCUCCCACUCCACAGAUUCCCAUGGCUUGUCUCCCUGAGGUUUAUGCGAAGUUGGAAGCCAUUAAGGCGGAACACGCCGACGGCUUUUCACUUCCUUCGGGGAACAACAUGGACGAUCCUGUAGUAGCUGGCUGA